CACUGUGACAUUUUAGAGUAUUCGCCCGCGUAUAUCUCGCGGAGAGAUGUUUAUAUAUUUCCGUUAUUUCACUUCAGAUUCAACCAAAAAAAAAAACCCCAUUAUAAACCUGAUGAAAGGGUGGAUGGACUGAGAGCCGAAGAAGAAGAAAGAAAUACAAGAUCUAACUGCCAGAGAGUCGAAAACACCAAAAACUCUUUUUACGGAAUUUCAGCUCGAGAUGUACGUCGGGAAGAUGAAAAUCCGGGAAAUUUGAAGUUUCUAAAACAGGACUUGAGCAGAAAAAUGAAGCAAUUUCAAAUUUCAAGUGGGCUACACCAUGGAAAAACAAAAGAGAGGUGGACGGUUUUGAGAUUAUUAAGGAAUUUUUGGUAUUUCUAAGAAGAUAGGAGAAAGAUUUUCAGUUUCGAGGAAAUUACAGCAUGGGCCUUAAAUCUCUCUUUGUUGCUUCAUCGGUACCUGUUCUGGAAGUGCUUAUUGUGACCGCUGUUGGGUCAUUUCUUGCAAUAGGCCGUGUGGGUCUUUUGGAUCAAGAUGCAAGGAAUCAUAUGAACAAUAUUGUAUUUUAUGUAUUUAACCCAUCUCUUGUGGCAACCAACCUAGCUAAAACUAUCACACUCAAAAGCUUGGUUGAACUGUGGUUCAUGCCAGUAAACAUCCUUCUCACUUUUAUUAUUGGUUCGGCACUUGGGUGGAUCAUCAUCAAAAUUUUGAAAGCUCCUUCACGUCUGAAUGGUCUCAUUUUGGGUUGUUGCUCUGCAGGAAAUUUGGGGAAUAUUCUAAUCAUUAUUAUCCCAGCAAUCUGUAAUGAGGAAGGUAGCCCAUUUGGAGACUCUACUGUCUGCCAGAAAUACGGACUGGGAUAUGCUUCGUUAUCUAUGGCGAUUGGGGCUAUUUUUAUAUGGACUUAUGUCUACAAUAUUGUACGGAUAUCUUCGACUACGAGCACCGAUGAAGAUGAAGUGAAUGGCUACAAACCUAUUAUGGGGUCACCUGAAGAAGCUUCAGAGUCACUCCCAGGAGGCAGCACGGGGGGACUAACUUUGGCUGGGGAUUUCUCAACAUCUGAGCAUUUAGAAGACCAAAGGGCUCCCUCUUUCCCCAGACCUGAGGAAUUUAUUGAAAAAGAAAAGGUGACAAUUUUCACUAAAUUCAAAAACAUUCUGAAGAAAAUUUCAGGGCAAAUUGACUUGGAAAAAGUGUUUGCACCUUCAACCAUUGGAGCGAUUGUUGGGUUCACUAUCGGACUGAUCACUCCAAUUAGAAAGGCAUUCAUUGGUGAUAGUGCUCCUCUUCGUGCAGUUGAAGAUUCUGCUGUUUUGUUGGCUAAUGCAGCUAUUCCAACGGUCACCCUAAUACUGGGAGGAAACCUUAUCAAGGGAAUACAAGGUUCAGGAAUUCGAAUCACAAUCGUCAUUGGAAUUAUAGUCGUUCGUUAUAUCCUUCUGCCUGUGUUGGGUAUAGGCAUAGUGAAAGCGGCAAUUCAUUUUGGUUUUGUGGGCAACAAUCCUUUGUAUCAGUUCAUGCUUCUGGUGCAAUAUGCACUUCCACCUGCAAUGAAUAUAAGUACAAUUACACAAUUGUUUGGGGCAGGUGAAAGCGAAUGCUCUGUUAUUUUCCUGUGGGCUUACAUCUUGGCAACAGUCGCACUCACGCUUUGGUGCAUGUUUUUUAUGUGGUUUGUGGGAUGAUCAUCCAAUGCUACGGUACGUCGAUUGUCGCUGCUAACCUGGAACUUCAUGGUCAUGCACCAUUAUUUUUUUACUCGCCCAUUUCAUUAAUUUGUUUAUUGAUAUUUUCAUGGAUGGUGAUGUUGUGAUACAUAACAUGGACACCAAACAAUCUAGUUGCAUCCUACCACUAUGCG